AUGUGGAAUAUUGUUUCCCUUUUGAAAUGUCUCUGGAAUAUUUGUUGUAAAGCUGAUAACAUGUGGGUAAAGUGGAUCCACAAUUACUAUAUUAAAGGUGAUGAUGUUAUGAGCACAGUGGUGAAAAAAGAUAGUACUUGGAUUUACAAGAGCAUUAUGCAGCAGAGAGAGAUUUUAGGUCAGGUGCAACAUCACUGGGACUUUGCAGUUAGCAACCAUAAGUUUUCCAUGAGAAAGUUCUAUUUGACCUUGAAUGAUGAUCAUACCAGGGUUUCUUGGUUCAGACUCAUGUGUCACAACAGAGCCAGACCAAGGGCUAUCCUAUGUCUGUGGAUCACUUGCCAUGGUAGAUUCUCUACCAAAGUUAGGCUUGCCCAGUUUGGUAUGUUUCAGGAUCGUAUAUGCAGUCUUUGUGAGGAGCAGGAGGAGACCAUUGAUCAUUUGUUCUUUGCUUGCAGCAUCACUAAAGGUAUUUGGAGCACUGUCCUCCAAUGGCUGAAUAUCCAUCAUACCCCACAGGACUGGACUCACGAAUUGGCAUGGAUCACUGGCUAUGCGAAAGGAAAAGGUUGGAGAGCCAUGCUCAUGAAGAUGGCUAUAGCGGAAACAAUCUAUUGCAUUUGGCAACAUCAGAACAAUAUAUGUUUUGAUAAUAGUGUGGAUAAUAAAAACAUAGAAAGAAAAAUCAUAGAUUACAUAGUGUAUAGAGGGUGGAAAAUUCCCAACCUUAGAAGACAUAUUACUAGCCUGAUGUUGUAG